CAAAAUGUUUCCCAAAGUGGAGCUCAGGCACGAGGGCCAGUCCGGGCCAUUGCAGAUACAGAAUGCUACGAAAACGUCGGGAUCCCUAUGCAAACCAUUCACGCAGUCGAAAGUGAUCCGGUUGAGUCUACGUAUGCUAACGUCCCGGACUGCCGCGCAGCAAUCUCGCGAGAUCAGUUGACCUUCCUUCAAGAACUCACGCAGGGCACCUUCGGGAAGGUGCUACUUGCAAGAGCCGUGGGCAUCGAGCAGCGAGGCCUUGUCACCCGCGUGGCUGUCAAAACUGUAAGAGGUGAGAGGCAUGCCAAUACUCAGUACCGUAUAAUGCAGUACCGUGGUAUCGUGGCCUGCGAGUAUGAUCUGCAGGUUGUGGGUUCGAGUCCAGCCUGGGGUUAUGGUGCGUAUGCCCUUGAGCAAGGCGCUUUGUCACUCAUUUCAUCUCCCCAUGGCCACCCAGGAGUCGAUGGGUACGUGUGA